ACAGGAGGAGGGUAGCAGUGCACUCAUGAGUCCCGGCCAAUCAGAUGACGUAGACUGGAAUGAAGAGGGAGGAACUAGGUUGCCUAGCAACAGACUGGAGGCGAAAUCUGAUUUAGAGAGGCACACACCAGAGCAGAGGGAGAGUGAUGUGACUACUUCCCAGUCUGAAAGUGUUUUUCUCAAACCACACUUGUGCACUAAAUGCGGUAAGGGUUUCCAUCAGGCCGGCUGUCUUAAGAGACACCUGAGAACUCAUACGGGGGAGAAACCAUUUGUUUGCCCUCGUUGUGGGAGGGCUUGGAGUGAUUCUGGAAACUUAAAAAGACACAUGAGAAAAACUCACCCAGGAGAGGAGAUGGUUGUUAAGAGGGUCGAUACUCAGAGGAGUGACCCUACAGAGAGUAGGGAGGAAAUGAAUGUGGAUUCAAUUAAAUCUGAGGAGCAGGGAACGUCUCGGUCACUCCAGCUGAAAGAGGAGGAUGCUUGCGGUGCGCCCGUGAGUCCCAGCCAGGCUCAAGCUGAUGGUGUAGACCGCAACGUUGAGGACAGGGAUUGGUUGCCUAGCAUCGGACUGAAGGCGGAGCCCAUGAGUUCCAGACAAUCCGAUGAUGACGCUGCAGAACGCAAAGAAGAAUGGAACGAAGCGGGAGGCGCUACGUUGCCUAGCGAUGGACUGGAGGCGGAGUCAGCUCGAGAGCGCCACAGUUGCGACAAGCCUCUCUUGCCCUCCUCCACCCUCGCAGAGUCCCCGAGUUGUGCCUCUCCCGGUGGCACUUUAUUGUGCGGUCUGAAGAGGGUGUCUGUGUGGCUUGUCGACUGCAGGAAGACACCGGGGCAGAGUGGCCUUCAAAUGCACAAGGCAACACAGACAGGAGAGAAACCCCACAGCUGGUCUAAUGCUGAACAACACAAAACCCUCUCAGGAGACAGGCCUGGCUCCCAUAUCUGUGAUCACUGUGGGAAGAAUUUUACCACAGCAACCAAUCUGAAAAGACACUUCCUGUAUUUGUCUGGAGAGAAACCAUACAUCUGCUCUGAAUGCGGAAAGAGAUUCACGCAGGCCGGCAGUCUUAAGAUACACCAGAGAACUCAUACUGGGGAGAAACCGUACAUCUGCCCUCGUUGUGGGAAGGCUUGGAGUGAUUAUGGAAACUUAAAGAGACACAUGAGAAGGCAUACUGUUAAACAAUACACGGUGAAACCUCACCACUGCUCGGAUUGUGGGAAACAGUUCAUUGUAAAAUCAAGCCUUAAACAUCACCGGCUAGUGUUUCACACAGACCACCCUCAUCGCUGUGGUCAAUGUAAGAAGAGCUUCAUAACUGCAGAAAGACUGGAAUCACACAUUAAGACACAACACCCGCCAAGGGAUCCUCUGAAGAACCCACACGUGUGCUUUGAAUGUGGAAAGGGCUUCCAUCAGGCCGGCUGUCUUAAGAGACACCUGAGGACUCAUACGGGGAGAAACCAUUUGUUUGCCCUCGUUGUGGGAGGGCUUGGAGUGAUUCUGGAAACUUAA